GAACCAACCUGUAGACUGUUGGGAAAGUUUGAUUUACAUGGGUAUGUGGAAUCCACAAACCACUCACUAAUUAUAGGAGGAAUGUUUCCUAUUCACUCCCGGACCAUUCCAGAAAAUGAGUCUAUUUUGGAGCCGGUAUCAGCCAAAUGUGAAGGGUUUUACUUCCGAGGUUUCCGCUGGACCAAAACCAUGAUCCAUACGAUUAAUGAGAUCAACCAAAGGAAAGAUAUACUGCCUAAUAUUACUUUGGGCUACCAGAUUUUUGAUACCUGCUUCACCAUUUCCAAGGCCAUGGAAGGGACGUUGUCAUUCCUGACAGGGCAGGAUGAACACAAGCCCAACUUUCGGUGUAGUGCUGGUGCCCCACUGGCUGGGGUCGUUGGAGCAGGAGGAUCUGCCCUCUCUGUGGCUACUUCCAGGGUCCUGGGCCUGUAUUAUUUUCCUCAGGUGGGCUAUGCUUCUUCCUGCUCAGUUCUUAGUGAUAAAUACCAGUUUCCUGCUUAUGUCCGUGUCAUGGCAAGUGAUAAGAGCCAGUCUUCUGCAAUGGUGAAACUUAUCCAACAUUUCAAGUGGGUCUGGAUAGGCACUAUAGCAGCUGAUGAUGACUAUGGGAAGUAUGGCAUUAAAAUUUUCAAAGAGGAAAUUGAGAAGGCUGGUCUCUGUAUUGCAUUCUCUGAAACUAUCCCUAAGAUCUACUCCAAGGCAAAAAUGGAAACUGUUGUUGAGACCAUCAAAAACUCCACGGCCAAUGUCAUUGUGCUUUACACAUCAGAUAUUGACCUCAGUCCUUUUGUGUUAGAAAUUGAAUACAAUAAUAUAACAGAUAGAACAUGGAUUGCCAGUGAAGCGUGGAUAACCUCCUCCCUUAUUGCAAAGCCUGAAUACUUCCCCUUUUUUGGGGGAACCAUUGGGUUUGCUGUGCCAAGAGCUAAUAUAGCAGGCCUAAAAGAGUUUCUCUAUGAUGUUCAUCCCAACAAGGAUCCCAAUGAUAACAUUACCAUUGAAUUCUGGCAGACUGCUUUCAACUGUACAUGGCCCAACAGCAGUGUGCCCUAUAAUUCUGACCACAGAGUCAACAUGACUGGACAAGAGAACCGAGUCUAUUCGAUGUCUGAUAAGCUUUGUACUGGAGAGGAGAAGCUGGAGGACCUGGAAAAUACCUAUUUGGAUGUGUCUCAGCUCCGGAUAACAAAUAAUGUGAAAAAUGCAGUUUAUGCUUUGGCUUAUGCUCUGGAUGAAAUGAGUCGAUGUGUAGAGGGAGAAGGACCUUAUAUACCAGGAAACACAUGUGCCUAUUUAGACAGCUUUGAGCCAUGGCAGUUAAUGUACUACAUGAAAGUACUUAAAUUUAAAACCCACGAUGGUGUCAUGCUGGAACUCGAUGAAAAUGGAGAUGUGACUGGAUCUUAUGAUGUCUUGAACUGGCAGCUAAAUGAUGCUGGGAAAAUUGACUUUGUGAAGGUUGGGAGAUAUGUGUUCGACUCGUCUGGAAAUGAGUUGGUAAUGAAUAGUAAAUCCAUAUAUUGGAACACAGAAACAUUGGAGCGCCCCAAAUCGGUGUGCACUGAUCUUUGUAAACCUGGAACCAGGAAGGGCAUUCGUCAAGGGGAGCCCAUAUGCUGUUUCGAUUGUAUCCCAUGUGCAGAUGGUCAUGUGUCCUCUCAGCCAGGUAUAGUGAGGUUCAAAGGUUCAAGAGAAUGCAGCAAAUGCCAUGAAGAUUACUGGUCCAAUGCUGCCAAGGAUUCUUGUGUAUUGAAAGAGGUGGAAUUCCUGGCUUAUGAUGAAGCCUUAGGCUUUACCCUUGUGACUCUGUCCAUCUUUGGGGCUUUGGUGGUCCUAGCCGUCACAGUUGUAUAUGUGAUUUAUAGGAAAACUCCCCUGGCCAAAGCCAAUGACUGGGAGUUAAGUUUUCUUCUCCAGCUUUCUCUUAUCAUCACACUUCUUACUUCUCUCCUCUUUAUUGGCAAGCCCUACAACUGGUCUUGCAUGGCCCGCCAGGUGACACUCGCUAUGGGUUUUUCUCUUUGUCUCUCCUGCAUUUUGGGUAAAACCAUUGCAUUGUUUUUAUCCUACAGAGUGUCCAGAUCAAAAGUCAGAUUUAUAUCCAUCCGACCCAUUUAUCAAAAGCUUAUUGUCCUCAUUUCAGUUCUCAUUGAGACAGGUAUUUGCACUGCCUAUUUGGUGAUGAUGCCCCCAAAGGUAUACAAAAACAUGGAGUCCCAAAACAUUAAGAUCAUUCUGGAAUGUAACGAAGGGUCCAUCGAAUUCUUAUGUUCGGUAUUUGGAUUUGAUGCUUUUCUGGCCCUGCUCUCCUUCCUAACCACCUUUGUUGCUCGCAAAUUGCCUGAUAAUUACAAUGAGGCCAAGUGCAUCACUUUUGGGAUGCUGGUGUUCUUCAUCGUCUGGAUCUCUUUUGUCCCUGCUUACUUAAGCACCAAGGGCAAGUUCAAAGUAGCUGUGGAAAUCUUUGCCAUCUUGGCAUCAAGCUUUGGUUUGCUUGGCUGUAUAUUUGCUCCCAAGUGCUACAUUAUCUUGAUUCGGCCCAAGAGAAACACCGAUGAGUUAGUUGGUGGGAAGAUUCCUCCCACUGACAGGAGCAUCCAACUGACAUCAGCCUCUAGCAGCAGUGAGAUGAAUGUGACCGUUUCUACAGUUGUGCUUGAUGACUAG